AUGCCACCAGGCACGCAAGGGCUGGGCAUCGGCCUCAUUUUUCCUCCAGCGGUUGGCAACGUGGCGUUGCGUGAUUGGCUGCAGAGGGAGAGGAAAGAAAUAUCAGUAGCAGGGGAAAAAGGUAGCACCGACCAGCCAAACCCUAUCGCGUCUCUCCCAGCCCAGCCGCCUCUGGCCUUCUCCUCCCUUCCCCUCGCGUCUCCAUCCCCGCCGCCGGGCGACCUCACGCCUGGAGGAGCAGCCGGAGCACGGCGGCGGCGGCGCUCGGGAGUGACCGGUGACGCCGCGCCAGCCAACCGACCCCUCGUCCCCAUGGCGGCCGCGACGGCGACGGUGGCGGAGGCGCGGCUCGCUGCGGGCUGGAGGAGCGGCCGGAGCACGGCGGCGGCGGCGCUCGGGAGUACCUCUCCCGCGCCCGGCGAGGCUCCGCGCGCGCCGCCCCGCCCCGUCCUGCUGCCUCGGCCUCGCCCUCCUCAACGACGCGUCCGCCCGCUUCCGCCUCAACGCUCGCCUCCGGCUCGUCUUCAUCGAGCCCCGCCCCUACCCCCGCCUCGCGCCCCGCCCCGCCUCGCUCCGCCCCGCCUCGCGCCCCGCCUCUUCCCGUUCUCGUCGCCGGUCGUCGCCUCGCGCCACCUCCCGCCCUGCUCCCUCGCGCCACCGCUAGCCCCACCUCAGCAGGAGCAACCGAAGAGCCUGAAGAACUAUCCGAAGCAAACUAGACCAAAGCUUACGGUGCAGAAUAUGCAUGACAUAAAGGGCGUCAAAACAGAAAUGAGCCCCAAUGUGAAUAGUGAGGUUCCAGGUGUUGGAGCAAAUCAGGGGCUGAUUCAGCAGGAGGCAUCAUAG